AUGAUAGACAAUGUCGCAACACAUAAUGCGCCCCUCCAGGAUCAGGUGCCACGAGAAAUCCAGGUCAAAAUAAUCCAGCAAGUUGAUCCCGUCGGCCUCGUAUCUCUCAGUCAGACCUGUCGGAUGUUUCGGAACUUGAUUCGGCCCGGGAGGAAUGAAUUUGCGGAGCGACUGCUGGUGAUAGAAUGCCUUGAGCAAUAUGGAGGUGGCACCUCGCUUUUCUAUGAAACGUUCCAUGGCAAUAUCGAGCUACACCGAACCCUUGGCCCCUGGGAAGGCCAGCGGUGGGCAUGUACCAGCUGUUUGAAAUUACUCCCCCACAGUCACUUUGAUAACCGCUCUCUUUUGCGGCUUCGCAAUCGGAAGCCAUCACCGGGAUGGCCUGCUGCUAGCCUCACGACGUCCUGGGUCCCUUCUCUACACGGGAAAAACUCAGGGCGUAAAGCCAGGCAGCUGACAAAACUGGCAAAACUAGAGGAGAAGAAGAUCAUAGUGGCGAGUGGUGAGGCCUGGCCCGCACCUGACGAGGAACGCUGCGGAUAUGGUCGUCGAAAGCGUCGAUGCAAUGAGUGUCGAUUCAAGGAGAGAGCACUCACACCAUAUCUACCGCGAUCAGGGAGGGACUGGGAGGGUGGCACUCGAGAAGUGCCCAUUGUCCGAAGCCGGCAGCUUUUACUGGAUUCAAGUUUUCAUCGCUAUUUCCCCCGGCUCGGAGAUGCGCUGCAGUGCAAACCGCCGCCGUUUCCACCUCGCGUGUAUCGACCCUGCCGAUGGGAUAAGGCCCAUGAGCCUUGGACACUGUACAUGAUCCGCUGCCCUGGAUGUGAGCAGUGGAAGGAGACUUAUGCAUUUCGGAUUGGCCCUCUCUAUGUGAAGCGGACACUGGUUCACGACCAAAACGGCGAAUUGAGGAAUUAUUGGCCCAGGAACGAGGACCAAACUGAGUGGGAAAGAAGAACGAUGCCUCUCAAGGACCUGCGGUGCAAUAAUUGCGUCGAGCGGCAGCAGGGACGUGAGGCUUUGACUGAAGCUCUGUUAGUCUGGUUUCGGAUGGUCCAUCUUUCUCAUCGUAAGGUCAUUGAGACCCGACUUCAAUCUAUCCACUGGCGAUUUGAUUACUUUGAGGAGUUCACUGGAUAUAAAGAUGAGAUAGAAGGUAUACUUGGGGAGAAAAAGAGCGAUUUUGGUCUCCUAGAACACGGCAAGGUCGCGGAAUUACGGACACAGGCCGCACAAUUUCGGGAACUAUGGGGGAGAAUGAAGCAUGCCAAUCCUGUUCUUGCAGACGACAUAAUAGAGGAUGGAAUAAUUCCCCUCUGGAUGGAUCACUUUUCAGAGUCUGAGGCGCAGUGGCAAUGGCUGCUGGCUUGCCUGGCAAAAGUUGAAGAGAACCCGGAGCUCUUGGUAGAUUGGGCACUAAACCAGGAUGCUGGAUCAUUGGAAUGGUGGGCAUAG